AUGAGUCAGAGCUCACCCACAAGGAUCUCCACCCGAUCAACCACUGCUGGCAAUAUUGCUUCUGUAAUGCCUGGCAAGUCUACUAAAUCAACCUCUUCUUCUUCCGGUCUGCUGACCCUUGAUGUUUUUAACAACACUAUGGCUGAACAUCAAAGAACACAAAAAGAAACCCUGGUCCAGUGCAAACGCUUGUCCGAAUCUCAUAAUGCUCAAUUUUCUGAACUCAAUGAAAAUUUAGGUCGUCUGUCCUCUCAGGUUGUUGAAUUAAAAUCUGAGAACGACAAACUCCAAAAAAUCAUCUCUAGUCUCAGAAAUCGAGUCCAAGAUCUUGAAUCUGCAAACAAUAGUCGUCGUAUCUCCUCGGCUGACACCUUUCCUAGCAUUUUCCAUGAGUUCACGGAACGUGAGCGCUGUUCUCGAAAUGUCAUUAUUCGUGGUGCUCAAGAAUCUUCUUCUUCUGUAUUAGAAGAUAGAGUCUCUAAUGACGUCCUAAAAAUAACUGAGGCUAUCAAACCGUACUUUCCCGAAUUACCAUCUGACUUUAAAGCAAUAAGGCUAGGUAAACCCAGUGAUCGAGGUCCCCGACCACUCAAGGUUUUCUUCCAGUCUAAAGAAAUAGCCCAGAAACUUGUCUCUGACUAUAAUACAAAUAUUAGAUCUUCUCAUACUGACAAUAUGCGCCAUCCCAUUUCGGUUACUCGUGAUCGCACUCCUUGUGAGCGUGAGCAUUUCGGUCGCGUAUACACUGAUUUGGAAAAUCGUAAAAAGAACUGUGAAUCUGACUUAGUAAUCAAAUACAGAGAUGGACUCCCCUAUAUUGUACCGGCCAGCAGAUCAUCCCAGGACAGACGCCAUCAAACAUCGAACUCGGCCUUUACCCAAUCAAAAAACUAG